UUCGAGGCGCGGGGCAAUUCGAGAUGUGACAAAGCUAAAAUCGCCAGUUUUCGUAACGUGUCGUAUCACCCGUGUCGCGAAUGGCAUAGAACCCACGGUGCAAAUGGUGAAGUGUUUUAGCUGAAACAGUUGAACGAAAACAGCAACCGUGCAGCUAGCUGCAGCCACAGAGGUGCGUCCAAUCAAACGGCAAAGCAGCAGCAGGGGAGGCAGUAGCGGGGAGAAAGAGUAUCUGAUUGAAACCGUCAUCGAAGCCACCGUCGGUCAUCUUUCAACCAAAGUGAAGCGGAGCGGAAGGGGGGUGGGGGUGGCCAGCACAAAGCAUUCCAGCGUGUUUGUGGAUGUGCACAUGCGACAGUACACCCUCCCACCCAUCCGCAAGCAGGCAGGCAGGCAGGCAGCUCUGGCCAGCAGAAAGCUACUGUAAACCCAGCUCUCCCGCCCUCGGUGUGUGGCGCUCGUCCAACUCCACCGGAAGGAACAGAUUGGAGUCAGCGGGCAGAACCGUCUCACUUCAUCGCUAGCUGCUGGUUGUGAUUGGUGGUUGUGAACGACUCCCAGGAGCAGCUGGAGCCCUCGAUUCCGGGGAAGGAAGCACUCGGCGUCAUUCGGUUAGUGGUGUUUAAGGCCUACUCCUCCCCGGGCCAGGGAAGGACGCCCAACGAAAAGGACGAUUUUGCGAAUGCUAGUGAAGUGUGUGCAGUGUGUUGGGAGAGCAGAUAACAAAAAGAGAGAGAGAGAGAGCAAGAGACUGAAGCAAGAGAGUGUAUGUGAAGUAACAAAAGACAACCUAUAACAAAGACCUAGUGUGUGAAAGUGAUCCUGUGUGAUUAGGAGUCGACUUGGACCGAUCUGACCUCCGGCAGAGUCGCACAGCUUGCUUAUAUCGUUCAGGUAGAUCUCACCAAUUGAUCCGAAGUGCUGGAACUUCCAGCAGGAGCAGCAGCACGGUCGCAAGUGGCAAGUGGAGAACUCGCCCGCAAGGUGAUGCUGCAAAACUAACGGGGAGGACUGCAAGAAACAGAAAUACGGAAUGGUUGCACCGGCUAACAGUGGGUCGGCUGGUGGGCCGAACCCCCCGUCCGGCUCGUCCUCCUCCAACAACCAUCACCAGCAGCAGGAGCAGAACCAGCAGCACCACCACCAUCAUCAGCACAAUCACAGCAAUAACAACGAGCCGGACGGCGGUAUCGGCGAAUGGAACCGCAUCGAACCCUCCGGUGGACGAGAUAAUGGACCGGCUGGUGGUGGUAGUGGUGGCGGCGCUGGAAAUGCGGCGAAUAACGCCAACAAUGGCGCGAACCAGAGCAACCAACAGCAGCAGCAGCAGAACAACAACGGUAACAACAGCAACAACAACCCGAACGCGGAGGAGUGCGAUCGGUUCAGCUUCGAGGACUCGGACCGCUUCGAGGAGGACUCACUGUGCAGCUGGAGCUCGGAGCCGGAGAGUGUGUGCAACAACUGGCGGGGCUGGAAGAAACCGACGGCCGGCAUGACGAACUCGUUCGGGGGCAGCUUUAGCCGCCGCACGGCUGACGGAGAACCGACGUCGCUAACGGAGCUGGCCGCGCGCUGCGUCGCCUCGUACAUUCCGUUCGAGCUGUGCGAGAACCUGUACCCGCCCGUGCCCGAGCAGAUGCAGCUGCGGAUCGCCUUCUGGAGCUUCCCGGACAACGAGGAGGACAUCCGGCUGUACUCGUGCCUAGCGAACAGCUCCGCCGACGAGUUUCAUCGCGGCGAGCAGCUGUUCAAGAGCCGGGCCGUCAAGGACCCGCUGCAGAUCGGCUUCCACCUGUCGGCGACCGUCGUCGUGACGCAGCCGCGCAACCAGUUCAACGUCGCGGUCACGUUCGACCGGCGGCGGAUAUCGUCGUGCAACUGCACCUGCCAGCCGACCGCCUACUGGUGCUCGCACGUCGUCGCCGUCUGUCUCUACCGGAUCCAUUGUCCUACCAAAGUGAGCCUCCGGGCGCCGGUGUCGGAGUCGCUGUCGCGGUUGCACCGCGAACAGCUGCAGAAGUUUGCUCAAUAUCUGAUAGCGGAGCAGUCGCAGUCGAUACUGCCGCUCGCGCAGCGCCUGCUCGACGAGCUGCUGAGCUCGCAGCCGACGACGAUCAACACGGUGUUCGGGGCGCCCGAUCCGACCGCCGGUGCCUCCGUCAACGACCAGACGAACUGGUACCUGGACGAGAAGACGCUGCACGACAACAUCAAGAAGAUCCUGAUCAAGUUCUGCCUGCCGACACCGAUGGUGUUCAGUGACGUAAACUAUCUGACCAACUCGGCACCGCCGGCUGCCGCCGAGUGGAGCUCGCUGCUGCGGCCGCUGCGGGGUCGGGAGCCGGAGGGCAUGUGGAACCUGCUGUCGAUUGUGCGCGAGAUGUACCGCCGGUGCGACCGGAACGCGGUCCGCCUACUCGAGAUCCUCACCGAGGAGGUGAUGGCGUGCGAUCAGAUACUGGUGUGGUGGUUCAACAUCAAGCUCGCCCUGCUGGUUGGCUCGAACGGGCACGGUGGGGGCGGCGGGGGCGGCGGCGGCGGUAAGCAUGGCAACACGCACAGCAACUCGAACGCGACGCAGCACGCGUGCGCCUCGCUGUGCGACGAGAUCGUCGUGCUGUGGCGGUUGGCCGCCCUCAACCCGGGCCUGGCGCCGGACGAGCGGGACAUGCUGCACGCGCAGUUCACCACCUGGCACCUGAAGAUACUGGACCGGGUGGCGAAGAACCUGGUGGCGUCCUCGUCGCACAGCAGCAAGCAGCAGCAGAACCUGCGCAACGAUGCGGAGCUGUUCGCCGGCUUCAAGCCGGCCAUCGAGGCGUGCUACCUCGACUGGGAGGACUACCCGAUCGAGGGCGUCACGCACACACAGGACACCAACCCGAUGUACCACUGCCCGUUCACCUGCUUCAAGCAGAACAGCGAGACGCGCGGCGACUCGAGCGGCCCGGGCCAGGUCAACUCGAGCCAGGCCGUGCUGCAGAGCAACGUGAAGCAGUUUCAGCUCACGCCGCACCAUCACCACCACCAUCAUCACCACAGUUACCAUGGUGAUCACUAUCACCAUCACCACAGCCACCAUCACCAGCAGCAGCAGCAGCAGCAACAGCAUACUUUGGGCAGCAGUGCCACCGACCGCUACCGAAGCGUGAUCGGUCCGAUUGGGGUCAGCCGAGGUGCGUCAUCGUCCGUCGUCGCGCCCGGUGUAACGCGCGGUGGACUAAACGGGCUGACAAAACCGAGUGCCAUGAGCGUCGCCGCACCGGUUUCGGAGUUGGCCGCGGGUGGCCGGGUGACGUCCCCAGCGAUGGCGGGCGGGAGCGGUGAUGUGCCAAGCGGCGGAGGCAACCGGUCCAGCGUCAGUAGCGAAGGUUUCUGCGAAAACGAGGACGACCUGCCGCCAGCGGGCGAGGAAAAAUCCUCCACCAACAGUAAUAGUAACGCUAACAGUAGUAGUGGUGGUGGUGGUGGUGAUGGGACUGCUGCUGCGGUUGCGGCCACCGAGUCCGCGACCGCACUGAUGCUGAGCGUAAGCAAUUCAUCCUCCAGCUCGUCGUCGUCGUCCACCUCGCUGUCGUCCAGCUCGGCCAACACGGCCGAUCUGUUGCAAAAGAAGAAGGAGGAAGCGGCAGUGGUGGCGGCGGCGGCGGCGGUGGCGGUGGCGGUCGAGAGCACCGGUUCGCUGUCGAGCAGCGAGUCGAGCAACGAAAACAGCAUCCUGAACGACAUGAACAACUACGAAAUCUCGGGCAACAUCAAGCUGUACGAGGUGCUGAACAUGGUCGAGCAAUCGGCGGUGGACGGGACGACCAGCACCACCAUGGCCACCGGCAGCGGGGGCAACGGAAAGCCGAACAGCAGUGCCAAAGGGCAACCGAAGGAUGGUGCGCCGGCUGAGGGUGUCGCCAGUGGGGAACCGUGCGCCGCCAGCACCAGCGGGACGUCCGACGUUACAGCUGAGAAGCCACCACAGCCGGGAGGCGGUGCGGCCGGCGCGCAUUCGAAAUCAAUCAAACAGCAGCAAUCGUCCGAUGCGAAGCAGCAGCAGGUGUUCUCCAACAUCAAACCAUCGGAGGACGCGUGGGAUAUUCUGUUUGCCCGCGCCGAAGGGCUGCACGCGCACGGGCACGGGCGGGAGGCGUGCACACUGGGCGUCCGGCUGGCGGAGGAGAUGCUGGCCAACCCACCGAACCUCAUGAUCGAUCUGCCACCGCCGCCCAAGAAGAAGGGCAAAAAGCACAACAUCAACCCGAUCUCGCACCAGCUGAGCGUGCUCGCGUCCGCCACGCUGUCCAAGUGCGCCUUCCUCUGCACGGUGCUGGCGGAGAACUCCGAGCACUAUCAUCUCGCGUUCCGCGUGUGCCUGUUCGGGCUGGAGCUGUCCCGCCCGCCCGCCAGCACCAAGCCGCUCGAGGUGAAGCUGGCGAACCAGGAGUCGGAUCUGCUCGCGCUGCUCAAGCGCAUCCCGCUCGGUCAGCCCGAGCUGAAGAUUAUCCGCGAGCGGGCGGAGCAGCUGCGCGACGGUAUGCUGAAGUCGCGCGGCGAAGCCCUGCUGCCGAUCAUGCUGGCGAGCUUCAUCUUCGAUGCGCUCGUCAUGCCGUCGGUGAUUGGGCGUGAGAAUCGGAUGCGCGUCAUGAGCAACUCGUGCUGCUACCCGACGGACGAAAACCUCGGGUUCGAGGCGGCCGUCGCCGCGCUCGGCCUGAAAGCGAACGUGUCCGAGGCUGAGCAUCCGCUGCUGUGCGAGGGUACCCGACGCCAGCGGGGCGAUCUCGCGCUCACGCUGCUCUCCUACUACAAGGACGAACCGCGCAAGAUUUGCCGCAUCAUGGAGAAGCUGCUCGACCGCGAGAUUCACGUGCUGAUCAAGACCCCGCUGCUGCCGUCCUACUACUCGAACAAUCCGCCGACGCGCAGCCAAACGUCGCAGCUGCGGAUGGACGAGUACGAGGCUGCCGGCAAUGGCGGCGGCGGCGCUGGUGGUCAUCAUCAUCACCAACAGCAGCAUCUGCAGGCGUUCGCGGGUGGGAAUGGUGGCGCGCGCAGUGGAAGUAGCCCUGCGGACCUACCGGCCGCAGCCGCUGCCGCUGCCGCCGCCGCCAGCGCUGCAGCACCGCAUCUCGUGCAAGGGGCGGAGUUUUGUCUCGCCAGCGGUAGUCGGCCGCAGAGCAGCACCAGCGCCGAAAUCGAGAUGGCCAUCGGUGCCCUGAAUCUCGGAGGGCCGGCGGUAGGCAGCGGUAACUCGGCCAGCGGAGGGACGCCACCCACACCGGCGGCUGCAGCAGCUGCGACACCGGCUUCGACAGCAACGACAAGCGCGGCGGCAACGAGCGCCCCUACCACGACAGGCAAUGGUACAAGCACAACGACCACUACGACCACCACCACUACCACGUCGUCGGUGACGUCGACACGCUCGAAGGACUCGCGCUACAAGGGCAAGCGGGCGUACCCGUCCAUCCCCAACCAGCCGUCGGAGGCGAGCGCCCACUUCAUGUUCGAGCUCGCGAAAAAUGUGCUCACGAAGGCGGGCGGCACCUCGUCGACGUCGCUGUUCACGCAGGCGUCGACCAACACCAACCACCAGGGUCCGCACCGGGGCCUGCAUAUGUGCGCCUUCCAGCUGGGGUUGUACGCGCUCGGGCUGCACAACUGCGUCAGCCCGAACUGGCUGUCGCGCACCUACUCGUCGCACGUGUCGUGGAUUAUCGGGCAGGCGAUGGACAUCGGUGCGCCCGCCAUCUCCUUCCUCAUCGACACGUGGGAGGGCCACCUGACGCCGCCGGAAGCGGCCGGCAUGGCCGACCGGGCGUCGUCCCGCGGCUGGGACAGCAACAUGGUGAACCCGGCGGCCGAGCUGGCGCUGUCGGUGUUGCCGCACGCCGCCGCCCUCAACCCGAACGAGAUCCAGCGCGCGAUACUGCAGUGCAAGGAGCAGAGCGACCGGAUGCUCGAGCGCGCCUGCAUCACGGUGGAGAACGCGGCCAAGGGCGGUGGCGUCUAUCCGGAGGUGCUGUUCCAGGUGUCGCGCUACUGGUACGAGCUGUACCUGCGCAACACGCCCGGCGGUGAGAUGGAACCCGAGGAGCAGCACGACUACUUCAACGUGAACCUCAUGUCGCUGAUGGACUCGGGCGGUGCGGACGGUUCCGGCGCCGGCGGUAUGCUCGGCGGUCCGGCCAAUGUGGGUGGCCCCGCGGCACAACCCCCUGGCACGGCCGGUUUACCCGGCACGGCACCGGUCGGAGUGGCCGGUGGACCGCAGCAAACGUACCAACAUCCGGCGCUCGCCUCCCUUGGCCUCUCGUACGGUGGCUACGGAUUCCAGGGUCCCAUCUACCACCACCAGCAUAACAUGCCGUACUCGGCCAACCAAGUGGCCAUGGCGUACAUGACGUCGCCGCCGCAGUAUCAGUAUCCUCCGCCACCGCCACCGCCACAGCAGCAGCAACCGCACCAACCGGGUGCCAGUGGCUACGCACAGCCGACCGGCCCGCUGAACCCACAGGCCGCAGCAGCGGCCGCAGCCGCCGCGGCAGCCGUGGCCUACCAGUCGAUGCAACCGCACGGGGUUCCAGCACCCCCGCCGGGCUACGGUACGCCACCGCAAUUCCAGGGCGUUCCCGUGCAACCACCCGGCGGUCCACCUACGAGCGCCGGUCCGAUGCCGGCCAACUUGCAGCAGUACUACGGCAACCCACAGGCAGCGGUCGCCGUCGCCAUGCAGCAGCAACAGCAGCAACAACAGCAGCAACAGCAGCAGCAAUCCGUGCCCGUCGGUGGCCCCCAGAUGCCACCCCAGAUGGCGCAACUGCCAGCAGCCGUGGCGGCGGCAGCGGCCGCAGCAGCCGCAGCCGCUCACUCAGCCGCUCAACAGCAGCAGCAGGUCGUUCCGGGGGUGGGCGGACCCGGAGCUCCUCCUCCGGGAGCCUCACCAUCGCAACCCGGUGGCCCGAUGCCCGGCGCCAACAGUAUGCGCCCGCAGUCGUCGUGUCCCGCCGGACCACCAUAUGGCGCGUACGGACCCGGGGCGGCAGGUGGCGGCCUACCCGGCGGUGCCGGUGGUGGACUGCCUCCCUCGUCGGUGGGCUCUUCAUCGGCUAGCUCGAGCGGCGGUGGUAGCGGUGGCCCCGUAGGGAGGCCCCGCCAUCCGCAUCAGUUCAGCCCGACGCAGCUACGCUAUCUGCUGGCCACGUACAACGCCGGCAUGCUGGCACUCGAGACACUAGCGCGCCGCGUCCACGACGACCGACCGCAGGCAAAGUACGCACGCAACCCGCCGUACGGCGAGGACGUCAAGUGGCUGCUACGCAUCUCGAAGAAGCUGGGCACGCAGUACCUGCACCAGUUCUGCAUCUGCGUCGUCAACUCGAUCGUCAGCCCAUUCGUGCUGCACGAGGUUGCCAUCGAGUCCGCCCACUAUCUGGCCCGCAACAACCCGGCCCUGGUGAUGCAGCAUCUCCGCUCCGCGCUUACGCCACUCAUGAACAAGUGCCAGAGCAUGUAUUUCCAAUGCAUUCAUCAGAAGCUGUACCACCUCACCGUGCCGGACUACGAGGACUUCACCAGCACCAUCCUUUCGGCGCGGAACGCGUUCCAGAUCACACCGGAAGGAAACGCACAGUUUAAGGACUGGCUGCAGUCAAUCAAACGCUCGAAAUCGUGCAAGAAGGAGCUAUGGUCACAAAUAAACGCUGCUCUCAAUUCCAAAUGACAAAGACUAGAUGCGAUUGGUUCGGAGCUGAACAUGAUGCUGGCUGCGGCGGCUGCGUCGGCGGUCACCAACAACAAC